AUGGCACUUGGUCGUCGCACCACUCGAUCUACUACUCAAAGUCAACAAGUUGAACCAGUCAUUGAUCUUCUUGCUCCACCUUCACAAGUUGUUCGCACUACUCGGUCGAGUAUAGAGAAUCAACAAGUUGAACCAGUCAUUGAUCCUCCUGCUCCACCUACACAGGUAAUUCGCACUACUCGGUCGAGUUUAGAGAAUCAACAAGUUUGUCACACCACUCGAUCUAUGGCACUAAGUCAACGACCUAGAACCACCACACAAUCUAAUGUAGAGAGAGAACACCCUCAAGGCUCCACACACCCUACUGUACAGGGUGAACAAGUCAAUGUGACGACCCAUUUUGAUACCGAAGAUGAUAAUCAAUCUUCCCAAGUUCCAUAUGGACAAACAUCUUCCUUUAAGCCACGUGGAGUUACUCGCGGCUUGACAACUACAACUAUAGCUAAGGCAUCAUCAACUGGAAAGUUGUCAGUGACUUUUAAUGCGGAGUGUCGUCAACCAAUUUGUACUAAUGCUGAGAAAUUUAAUAAUGAGAUUGGAUUCAAUAUUCGGAAUCAUGGUACAUUUCAUUAUAAAGAGUGGAGAAUGGUCCCUGAAGAUGUGAGAGCUCCAUUGCGACACUAUCUUUUGGAACAUUUUGACAUCAACUUGAAUGAUGAGACAACUAAAAAAUGCAUUGAUGAGCAAAUGAGAAAAGCUUGGAAGGGUCAUAAGUACAAGCUGCACUUAUAUUUCAAAUAAAUUGGAGGAGAAAAUGAUCUUGAGAUGGCCAAGAGCAAACGUCAUCCAGACUUAAAAGAAGAACAUCAAGAAGAUUGGAUGAUUUUGUGUGAUCGUUGGUGUUCUUCUGAAUUUAAGGAAAGAGCAUUAAAGAAUACUACCAAUCGAUCAAAGAGGAAAUGGGAGUCAAAAAAUGGUUCAGUCUCCACACCACGACAUCACAUUCGACGUGGAAUGGUGUUAACUUCUCCUACCGGUCAAAUUGAGACAUGGCGUCUAAAGCAUUAUGAUGCUGAGAAAGGAUGGACUGGAAUAGAGCUCGAGCCAUUAUAUGUAAGUAAUUUAAAUUUUUAUUUAUUAUAUUUCUUACUAAUAAUUAAUUAAAUAUAUUAUUAGGAUAAAAUGAUGGAGUUAAGGGGUCAACAUCCUCCAGAAGAACUGUCUGAUAAAGAGAUUAUGGAGCGUGUACUUGAACGUGAUUCGGUAUACUUGCGAGGGUGGGGGCGGUCACCUAGUGUCACAACUUCUACUUCACAUCGUGAAAAUAUUGUGGGUAACCAACCAACUUAUGAAGAGUUAGUUGAACGACUUAAUGAUACAACUUCCCGCCUUAAUGCUACUAACGAACAACUUAGUGUGGUUGUGGAUAUACUUCGUCAUAACAAUUUGAUGGCACCGCCUCCACCACCUCCAACAGACCAAGCUACAAAUGCAAAUUUAAGAGAGUCGCCAUCUUUUUCAGUUCGGGAGUCACAAGAUGAUUCUUAGUUUAUUUACAUUAAUUUACUAAGGAAUGAACUUUAUGAAGUUUUUUUUAUUUUGGUAGGGGUAACCUUAAAAUGAUAACUUUAUGACUUAUUUUAGUAUUGAACAUUAUAAAGAAUUUUAGCAUUAAACA